UCUCGAACUGGAUACAUUCGAGUUUCGAGAUUGCUGAACUCUUUCACGUCCGGCGUGUUCCGUGGCAAUACGUGUAGGAGGAAGACACAGAUUUAGUUAGAUAAAAAAAUGGUGGCUAAAAAGAAGCAGAAGAAGUCCCAGGAUGGUAUUAACGCCAGAUUGGCUCUGGUUAUGAAGUCAGGAAAAUGUGUCCUGGGCUACAAACAGACACUCAAGUCCCUUCGGCAAGGCAAAGCGAAAUUGGUCAUCAUUGCUAACAACACCCCUCCUCUAAGGAAAUCGGAGAUCGAGUACUAUGCUAUGUUGGCCAAGACUGGUGUGCACCAUUAUAUGGGAAACAACAUAGAAUUAGGUACAGCAUGCGGAAAAUACUUCCGUGUAUGUACACUUUCCAUUACAGACGCUGGAAACUCUGACAUUAUCAAGAGUAUGCCUACUGGUGACCAAUCAUAACUGUAUAUUUUUUAUUUAAUAAAAAUUUCAAAAACCUA